GCUGGGCUGGACUUCUCAAACGCCGGCAGGGAUUGAAACGCGCCUGCACCUUUGGAAGUAUUAGCUGCAGACUUUAAUAUCGGUUUACCUGCUUCGCCGGGAGGUUUUCACUGUGACUCGGUGUAAGGCUGGAGAAAAUGUCUAACGUCAACUGGAAGCCCUUUGUUUUCGGCGGGCUGGCUUCUGUGACGGCGGAAUGCGGAACCUUCCCGAUCGACCUGGCUAAGACCCGUCUUCAAGUACAAGGCCAGGUGGGCGACAGCAAAUACCGAGAGAUCCGCUACAGAGGCAUGCUCCAUGCUAUAGUCAGGAUAUGCAGAGAGGAGGGGCUCCGGGCACUGUAUUCAGGAAUAGCUCCUGCCAUGCUGCGGCAGGCUUCCUAUGGGACCAUAAAAAUUGGCACAUACCAGAGCUUUAAACGACUGCUGGUUGAUAGACCCGAGGAUGAGACAUUGCUGACUAAUGUGAUGUGUGGUGUUCUCUCUGGAGUCAUCUCCUCCUCCAUCGCCAACCCCACUGAUGUACUGAAGAUCCGCAUGCAGGCUCAGGGAAAUGUGAUCCAGGGCAGUAUGAUGGGCAACUUCAUCAACAUCUACCAGCAGGAAGGAACAAGAGGACUGUGGAAGGGUGUCUCUCUAACGGCUCAGCGGGCAGCCAUCGUUGUCGGGGUUGAGCUACCAGUCUAUGACAUCACCAAGAAGCAUCUGAUCCUGUCGGGUUACAUGGGGGACACCGUGUACACACACUUCUUGUCCAGCUUUGUGUGUGGUCUGGCGGGGGCUUUGGCCUCCAACCCUGUGGACGUAGUCCGGACACGCAUGAUGAACCAGAGAGGAGGAGCUCUCUACCAGGGAACACUGGACUGUGUAUUGCAGACGUGGCGCUCCGAGGGCUUUAUGGCCCUCUACAAGGGUUUCUUUCCCAACUGGCUCCGCCUGGGCCCGUGGAACAUCAUUUUCUUCCUCACAUAUGAACAGCUGAAAAAGAUCAACGUAUGACUGACAGAAUGAGACACAGAAGGACAGACAAGUAUGUAUCACACGCUCUGAGAUGAGCUGAUGGGACCAAAAUCGGGAAAAGGCUGGAUAUGGAACCACCGAACGGGGGAAGACCCGUAUAGGAGUGGCGGCAUGAUUGCCUGAUUCCUGUUGGGGCUACAUGUCUCCUAAAGCCUGUGGCAAGUGUGGAAGACACUCCUAUCUGAUGUUUUAGCUCAUCCGAAUGCUAUGCUAAGCUUAACCGCUCAUUUAAUUUUAAUAUUGGCCCCAUGGAUUCACGUAAAUGUCACCUAAAUUAUUGACAGGUAAAUGGGAGAGAAGUGUCUAAUACUGUUGUUUAUGAAGCUUUAUUGUCAGUCAGAAGCUGCUUUAAAAAGGACCCCAAUGUCAUGUGGAAUACACAUGAGGGGUUUUCUGCCUUCUACACUCCAAAUUGAGUGCCUUAGUUUGUCAUACAGACAGCCUGCACCAGAGUUGCAUAAAGACUGUGACUGUCAUAUAUAGCAAGCAGCGAUCAUUCCCUUUUGAAAAGAAAAAUGCUUGUGUGUUGUGAGUCAACAAUUUGGACUAGAAUCUGGCAGGUUUUCUAAUUUGGGAGGUGUGUGCAUGUGAGGACAGGUGAAAUUAUUUAUUCUCCCUGGAGUAUUUACAGAGCCAAGAAUACAUCAUGUUGUACUGUAAUAAAUAAGUCAUUUAAACAUCCUGAGGACCAGUGUGGGUGCUUAGACAGGGCGCGCACACACACGCACACACACACACACACACACAUCACAUGCCCAUAUGUGGCGAGACUAGUGGUCCCCCAUGUAAGUGCAGACAGUAAAUAUAACCUGGGGCAGCUGCGGGUUGACUCUGCGUUCUUGUGUUAUUCUAUACGUUGCUGUAAAGAUUAUUUACAUAAGUUAUGUAAGCCUCGGUAUUUUAUCCCACACAGCUGUAGAUUUAGACCACUGGGUCAGAUUAGGCCAUCCAAGGUGAGUCAUUUGACAAUGUUUAUUGCUUGAAGGCAAUAAAACCACUCCACAUAAUCCAUAGUCAACUCUAGGUAUAUUUUCAUGUACUGUAUUUGCACACUGUAUGCUUAUCUGUGAGCUGUCUUUGUAAAGAAUAAAUAUGUUGCUGGCUGUCGCAUGUGUGCGAUGCCACAGUGUAAGCCAGUGUAUUUUUGUCAUACAUUUUGAUGUUGAUUUAAAGGCUGUAUAUUUGAAAUAAAAGCGACAAACCUAC